AUGGCAUCUAAAAAAACUACCAGUGGCAAUAUACUUGACGUGGGAUGGCAAUAUGGUAUAGAUGUUGAUAAGAAUUCAAGAAGAGUGCAGUGCAAGUAUUGUCAGAAAAUUAUCAGUGGAGGUAUUUACCGUUUCAAGCAUCAUUUGGCUUGCACUCGAAAGGAUGUUGAGCCAUGCCAGCAAGUACCAGAAGAUAUAAAGAAGAUGAUGUUGAAUGUUUUGGUGAAAAAUCAAGAAGCAACUGAGAAGAAAAGCAAGGCUUUCCAAUAUAUUGGAAAAGAUGAAGAUAAUGAUGUAGGGAAUGAAAUUACCUCAGUGGACAAAGGAAAGAGAGUAGCAAGUGGGAGUGGAAAUACCUCUAAUAUAUCUAAGACUGCUGAUAAGGUAUUUGAGAUGUUGGAUGCUAUUAUGGAGAGGAUUGGAGAGGAAAAUGUGGUGCAAGUAGUCUCUGACAAUGCUGCAAAUUAUAAGGCAGCAGGGCAAUUGUUGAUGGGAAAAAGAAAAAGAUUGUUUUGGACACCAUGUGCUGCCCAUUGUAUUGACUUGAUAUUGGAAGAUUUUGAGAAGAAAGUAGAGGUCCAUCAAGUAACUAUUGCUAAUGGGAGGAGAAUCACCUCAUACAUAUAUUCAAGAACUAUUCUCAUUUCCAUGCUCAGACACUUUACAAAAGGGAAGGAUUUGAUUAGGCCUGCUGCCACUAGAUUUGCUACUGCAUACUUAACUCUUGGAUGUUUGAGUGAUUGUAAGAUAUAG